CAGAAAUAUUGAUGACAAAUGCAACAACGGAGAGACUGUUUAAUAUGAUGUUACUUCCCACAUGCCCGGAAAAACCACCAAAUAUACUUGAACCUGUGAAGCUGAAUCUCACAAACAUCUCCCUAGAUGAGUUGCAGACUAAGUAUCCCUCCCAUCCCGGGGACAGAUACAGGCCCGAGGGGUGUCGGACCGGGCAGCGACUGGCCGUUGUUAUUCCUUACAGAGACAGGAAGCAACAUCUGGGGAUCCUCCUCAACAACCUCAUCCCCUUCCUCAAAAAACAACAGGCGGACUUUACGAUAUUCGUUGCAGAACAGGCACCAGGAGGAACUUUUAACCGAGGUCUAAUGAUCAAUGCUGGGGUGGCAGCCGCGCUGAAGGCGGAUAACUUCACCUGCCUUGUCAUCCAUGAUGUCGACCUCAUCCCCGAGACUAGCGACAACUACUAUCGCUGUCGGAAAAACCCGCUGCAUCUAUCCACUGCCAAUGCGAAAUUUGACUAUAAGCUGCCAUAUCAAUGGUAUGUUGGAGGAAAUGUUGCAAUAACGCCAAGUCAGUACAAGCGGAUCAACGGCUUUUCUAACUUGUACUUCGGCUGGGGUGGAGAGGAUGACGAUUUCGGACAAAGAAUGGCAACAUUUGGUCUGCGAGUGGAAAGAAAUCCUUACGUGACUGGACGGUAUUAUGCACAAUCACAUGGCAAGGAUAAGGGGAAUCCUAUCAACCCGAAAAGAAAUAUCUUGCUUGGGAAAGCAGUCGGACGAUUGAAAACGGAUGGGCUGCUCUCCACACAUGUCAAUACCACAGUAUCUCACAGAAGUGUUGUCACGUUGCUUACGGUAUCCAUAGAUACACAGUUCUAUGCAAGAACAGCCCGUAGAUGAUAUUGUCGCUAUAUGCGACUGUCACAAAAUACCUUCCGUCUGUGAUGUUAUAAAAGUUGGGGGAGGUUACAUAAGAUAUUGGUACUGUGCCCUGUUAUUGAUUUGCUUAUUUUAGAAGAUGAAUACAGAGAAUUUUCUUCUUUUAUUCUUUGAUACAAGGUUUCGGGUCCUGUUCCGGUUCCAUCAUCAGGCAAAACUAAUAAACAGUUAACCCUGCCCAUGACGUCAUAAUGCAAUGAAAACGUGAUACAUGUAGACGUCAUAAUGGAUACAGAUAGCAGGGCUAAUAGGAAUGCAUGUUAUUAGAAAUAUAUAAGAUCUUGUUUACUACACAAUUAUUGGAUUAGUUUAGAAACGUACAUAGUCCAUUUUGUACAAGAGUAUUGGAUUAAUUUAGAAAUGUACAGAUACUUUUUUAUUUAACU